AUGGAUUCGUAUUCUUUGAAGUCUGUGUUCGACUUGCCUGCACCAUUUCGCUCAUGUUUUAGUUUCAGAUAUUUUAAUUCACUUCAGAGUGAAUGCUUUCCUAUCUGUUUCCACUCUGAUGUAAACAUGGUCAUCUCUGCACCAACUGGGAGUGGUAAAACUGUACUCUUUGAACUUUGCAUUUUGAGGCUACUCUCCAGUUUCAUCACCGCAGAGGAAAGAUUCUUACAUUUAAAGGGAUCUCUUAAAACAAUCUAUAUAGCCCCAUCUAAGGCUUUAGUACAGGAGAAGCUCCGUGAUUGGAAUAAGAAGUUUGGGCCGUGGGGAAUAAAUUGCCUGGAGUUAACAGGUGACAAUGAAUCUUACACUCCAAGGAAUAUACUAGAAGCUGAUAUUAUUCUCACAACUCCUGAGAAAUUUGAUGCAGUGUCACGAUAUGGUAUAGAAAGUGGUGGCUUGAGCUUUUUUAGUGACAUAUCACUUUUACUAAUUGAUGAAGUUCAUCUAUUGAAUGAUCCACGUGGAGCUGCUCUGGAAGCAAUUGUUAGUAGAAUUAAAAUCGUUUCUGGCAAUCCGAAAAUGAAAUCAAAUCCUCUGGCUCAGGUCCGCUUCCUUGCUGUGUCUGCUACAAUUCCAAAUAUUGAGGAUCUAGCGAAGUGGCUUGAGGUUCCUGAUCAAGGGAUCAAAAGGUUUGGAGAAGAAAUGAGGCCGGUAAAGCUGACAACCAAGGUUUUUGGCUAUGCCCCAGCCAAGAAUGACUUCCUCUUUGAGAAGCGCCUUCAAAAUUAUAUUUUCGAUAUUCUCAUGCAAUACUCAAGAGGGAAAUCUGCUCUUGUAUUUUGUUCAACAAGAAAGGGAGCACAAGAAGCUGCUCAGCGACUCUCUCAAAUAGUAAUGACUUUUGGUCAAUCAAAUCCAUUCAUUAAGAACAGAGAACAACAAGAUCGGCUGAGAGAGGCUUCUUUAUCUUGCAGUGACAAGCAAAUGCAGUCAUAUAUUCUUUACGGUGUUGGUUAUCACAAUGGUGGGCUUUGCCUCAAAGAUCGAAGUAUUGUGGAAGGCCUUUUUCUCAAGGGUGACAUUCAAGUACUUUGCACUACAAAUACACUAGCCCAUGGAAUCAAUCUCCCAGCACAUACAGUGGUUAUCAAAUCAACACAGCACUUUAACAAGGAAAAAGGUCUCUAUAUGGAAUAUGACCGCUCUACUAUAUUGCAGAUGUGUGGAAGGGCAGGCCGACCACCAUUUGAUGAUACAGGCAUGGUUAUAAUCAUGACAAGGAGAGAAACGGUUCAUUUGUAUGAGAAUCUCUUAAAUGGGUGUGAAGUGGUGGAAUCACAAUUGCUGUCAUGUGUGACGGAGCAUUUACUUGCGGAAAUAGUUCAACUGACAGUAUCUGAUAUUACAAAAGCAAUUGAAUGGCUGAAACGCUCCUACUUGUACGUUAGAAUGAAAAAGAACCCUAUGAACUAUGCAAUUAAGAAAGGAAUUUCUGGCGAUCGUUUAGAGAAGCACGUGCAAGAUAUUUGUGUGCGUAAAGUUAACGAGUUAUCACAGAAUGAUAUGGUCUGGGUUGAUGAAGAUGGUUUCCUCUUGCGACCAUUAGAUCCUGGAAGGUUAAUGACAAAGUACUAUUUGAGAUUUGACACAAUGAAACAGAUAAUGCGGACUCCUGAAAAUUGCAGUUUGGAAGAUGCACUUCAUGUUGUGUGUUGUGCAGAAGAAAUUGCAUGGAUACAGCUCAGACGCAAUGAGAAGAAACUCUUAAAUGAGAUCAAUGCUGAUAAAGAUGGUCGGCUUCGCUUUCACAUUCUUGGAGAUAAAAGGAAAAAGAAGAAGCGCAUUCAAACAAGAGAAGAAAAGAUAUUUAUAUUAGCAAAUGACUGCUUAACCGGUGAUCCAUCAGUUCAUGACCUAUCGUUGAUUCAGGACAUGAAUUCUAUAUGCUCAAAUGGAUGUAGAAUUGCAAAAUGCUUGAAAGACUAUUUUGUUUAUAAAAGGAAUUACAAAGGAACUGUGAAUUCAGCCCUUCUGGCCAAAUCACUAGGCCAGAAGCUUUGGGAUGACAGUCCAUACCUUCUGAAACAGUUACCUGGAAUUGGGAUGGUUACAGCAAAGGCACUGCAUUCAAUGGGAGUUAGAUCGUUUGAGGAACUUGCUGAUGCUGAUCCGAGGAGAAUAGAGCUAGUGACUGGUCGAAAAUACCCAUUUGGUAACCAUAUUAAAGAUUCUCUACUGUCUCUACCUCCAAAAGUUGAUGUGACGCUUGCAGAGAUUGAAAGCCAUAUACAAGGAAAUUCCAAGCUAGUAGUAACAUUGGCUAGGAUAUCACAGUCAGGCCAGUCAGUUAAACGACAUUAUGCUGAUAUGAUCGUUGGUUCGGAGGAGGACAACACUAUUCUCUUUCAUGAAAAAAUAAGGGUUGAUCAGUUCUCCAGCCCAUACAGUGCAACAAUUUUUGUGCCCAUCGCACAAGGGAAGCAAACCAUCAAAGUUGAUUUUAUAUUUGAGGAAUACAUUGGUAUUGAUGUCCACCAAAAACUUUCCUUUACGAGAGAGAGCAAUUCAAUUGUGCUUUUAAAAAGAAACAAGAAGCAGGCUUCUUGUCCUCCACCUGAAGAGAUAUAUGUUAUAGAAGAUGAUAACAUAACUGUACCUCGUUUACCAACAAAAGAGCUAUGCAAAUUGAACGAGGACAGGGAUUCCAUUCCAAGUUUCGACCUCUUGGAUGAAAGUUUUGAGGAAGUGGAAGGUGUGCGUGCUUUUGGGGUUGUAGAGGACGAAUGCAAAAGCAUCACCGAGAAAACAGUCUUUGACCACAUUCGGGAGAAAGCCAAAAACUUUUCUCUCCUGUCUGCAUAUGAUAACAUUCACUUUCCAUCACUAGAGGUCCUUCUUUCAAGAAAUCAUGCCCGUGAGAAGAGGCCUGAUCAUCGUCAUGAGGUAGUUGUUCUGGAUGAUGAAGACAGACCUGAAGUUCCUCAACGAAAUGAUGUCAAUUUGCAAGUUGAGCUGAGGAAGGCAGAACAAGAUGAUAUCAAAUUUUAUCUGAACGAUCAUUGUACAACUGGAAGCUCUAAUAUAGUUGAUACAGGUGUUUUCCUUCCUGAACCUGAAGCAAUAACUCAUGAAAAAUCAACUGAAGAAACAGUUUUUGACCAUAUACGGAGAAAAUCUAAGGAUUUCCCACCGAUUAAUAAGCUUAAUUGUGCGGAAUCAAUAAUCCAUAAAACGGAAUUAUUCUCAAAGAUUAAUCCUAGUCCUCCCAGUUCUUUGAGCGAUGCUUUUGGUGUGGCAAGAGAGACGAAUUCCUUAGAGGUCACCGAUAAUAUGCUUACUUCAUACAUGAAAACUGCUGCUGAAGUAGAAAAAUAUACAUCCAGUAUUCAGGUUGGUACUUGA